AUGGCGGAGCCCGCCGACACGACCGACGCCGAUGAAGAUGGCGGGGGUGUCGCUGCGAAAGAAGCUGGAGAUGAGCUGGGAGCAACGGCGGAGAUGGGGCCAGACACUCAGGCCCUUUGCAUCUUUGGUGCCACCCGUCGACGGAUCCGACCGCGGAAGACGGUCUUCGAGCGGCUGCAACAGGCGAACCACUGCCGGUGGCACGUGGGCGAUCGCGUGUUGGUCCGAGAUCGGGACGACUCGGAGAUUGGCCGGAGCAAGCUGGGAGAAGCAGAUUGGAAGCCUGGCACUGUGACCUCUCUGAAUCCAGUGAAGGUUUGCCUCAAUGGAGGAAGCCAAUCCUUCACCUGGCGGGAGAUCAAGGAGCUCUCUGGAAGCCGUUCUCCAUCUCCUACCUCUGUGCGCUCCAACCGGCGGGGAGUGAAGCCAGCGACGGUGGAGGCUGUGAAGCGAGCACGGAAGCUCUCGCGCCGGCGUCGCCAACGAGAGAAGGAGGCAGAGCAAAAGGAGCAGGAGCUUGAGGAACGGGCGCUGAUGGUCACCAAAGCCAGGAGCACCAGUUCCUUGCCCAAAGCCGCUGAACAGAAGCGACAGGAAGAGGAUCGGCGGCUUCGAAUGGAAGAUUCCGGGUCGAUUGGGAAGGGAGCUGAAAACCCUCCAGGAAUCUUCAGGAGCUGA